AUGAAUAUAGAUCUUUCACACAAGUUCAUCUCUGAGCUGCGCUUUAAUGUUCAACAAGUUUCAGAAGAGGAAGCACUCGUUGCAAGUCGCGUAGAGACAUUAAAGGCGUGCCAUAAUCGUAUUGGGUGUAUUAUUGGCCUUGCAUCUCUUUUUCACCGCCUUACACACCUUGAUCUCUCACACAAUAAACUUGGUAGUAGUAUCAACAAUACAACUGUAUGGCUUAAUGAGUUACCAUCUUCUUUACAGGUAUUGAAUCUCGCACAUAAUGAGAUUAGGGGUUUUGUAUGCGAAGAUGUUAUUAAUCGUAACCGUGUUAGUUCUUCAGAUCUAUCAACUAUGAUACAAACAUCUAUAGCACCCUUACGUCGUGCGUUCCCAUUAUCAUUAGCGCUUUUCUUUAAUCGUUAUCGAUUUCCGCAUCUCUGUGAAUUGGAUCUUUCCUACAAUGUAUUCACUUUAACACUUUCAGAAAGUGAUGCGAUAGAAGAAAACUGGCAGGAAAUUGUAGAACGUCCUCUUGCUGCAUCUACACCAGACGGAAAUGAACGUACUGCAUGGUUACAAUAUACCACAUCCUCUAUUUUAGUUCUCCGUCUAAAUGGAAAUUCGCAACUCACCGCUCUUAACGCGAUACUAUGUGGAAUGGACUCUCUUACACAUAUUUAUGCCAAAGGAAGCGGUGUAGCGGAUUUAACGGCAGUUUCAUCCGCAGCCACACUUUGUCCAAAGUUACGUUUCCUUGAUAUGCGUGAGUCUCCAGUGGUAGAUGCCUUUAUACAUGCUCCGCGAUCAACCAUUUCAACAUUUAUCGAACUCUUGCUACUGCCUUCACUCCUUAAAGAGAAUCAAAGGGGUAGUGAUGAAAAACAAAAAAAACAACAGCAACAAAAAGAACAACAAGAAAAAAGUCAGAAUGCCCUUCAUCGUGUUGUUCGAGAAGUUGCACAGCGGCAUAUAGAAGAUAUAGAAUGUGCUAUUGCACGUCAUCAGGAAUCUAAAGAGAUUAAACUAUCGCAGGUUUUGUAUGUAGCACUAUUACAGCAGGUGAUCCCGCAGGUCAAAGAACUGGAUGCUGGCAUGGAUGUGGAUACAACAUAUCGGGUAUUCAUGGAUGCAGCAAAGGAGGUGCUUUUUCAUUUCAUAGAAAAUAACAAUAGAACAGGUAUACAAAAUGGUCCUGUAAGACGAGAGUUAUGUAAUUCUUCUUUAAGGGUUCAAGAUUCUACAGGAGAUAAGAAUAAGAAGUGGAAUAAUGAAGAAGUGAAACAAAAAUAUCAUCAAAAACAACAACAACAGCAAAAGCAACCAUUGUAUGGUGAGGAUCAGACGAAAAGAAAUACAGAGGAUAGUAUAGAUACAUCUUUCUCUUCACUUGUGGAUCCUCCACGGAAAAGUAGUCCUAUUGUCAGAAAACGCAGUUCUAUGCUUCCUAAAUCAAAUGGUGUAUCUCUCCCUGUUUCUGGACGAGAAGGACGAGAACGAUCACGUAGUGCGCAUGGUAUGAGUGCCGCUGCUGCUGCAGCUACAGCUGCUAUUGCUUCUGGACGAAUUCGCCCAGCAGUACUUGUGACGAGUUCAACCACUAAUACGAGCAUUACGACUACUUCGGAGAAUAACAACAAUAGCAAUAGUAAUAUUAAUGGUAACACAUUACCUUUAAGACGUGAACAGACAGAUGUGGCAGUGCGUUCAGUAAACGCAAGCAGUAAUAGUAGUAGUACUCUUGGUGUUGCUGAGAGCAUUCGUAGAGCUGCACGAAUUGACCAGAAUGAUGACACCUCUCGCUUAACACACAGUCGUCUAUUACAUCCCUCCCAUACUACCAUAACACAUGCAUCUAGUGGAGGAAACAACAACAACAUCAACACUAAUAAUAAUAAUAAUAAUAAUAAUAAUAAUAAUAAUAAUAAUAAUAAUAAUAAUAAUAAUAAUCAUAAUGAUAGUAGUCAUACCAAUAGUAACACCAAUACGAAUAGUAUCCCCAACAGCAGCAGUCAUGGGGGUGAUGAUGAGAGUGGGAUGCGCGGUGGUCGGUUCCAGCGGGCCCUCGCAGCCCUCACUCCACUCCUCUGGGAGCGGCUGGACGGCGACUCCCGCAAAGAGCGAUUGGCCCAACAGGCGCGGGAGUUGGAGGAGGCCCUCGUCGCCUCGCAGGACCGCCAGCGGGGUCUGCAGAACACCGUCGCCGCUCUGCGGCAGCAACUCCAGCAGGACCGGCAUCUCAUCACCGAUCAGCGGAAGGAGGCCGUACGGCUGCGGGAACAACUCGAACACCUCGCCACCGCCAACAAACGCACACGGCGAAAACUGCAGAAGCGGCAAAAGGAAAUUGUGUAUGGAACCGUGGCAUUGCAGCGCAGGGAGGCGGUGGCGCAGCGCAGGGCCGCUUUGCAACAGUUGCAGGAAGAAGAAAAGUCACUUGAACAGGCAGAGCGGCAAUUACGUGAGAAAGUGGCACUGAGUGGUGUCUGGUCACAUCUGCAGCGUACAGACUCAUCCAUACAAACCGCACCACGUACCACAAGGAUGGGAAAACCGAAAGAAUUACGAAAAACACGUGCAGAUAUAUUACGUGAAAAUGCGGUACGAGAACGUUUAGAGGCUAUGCGGAAGGAUGAUCCAUUAGCAUAUAAUGCUCGCCGGUUUCGUUUUGAUGAAUACAACUAUGACGAUGAUGUUGAAGAAGGAAAUAGUUUCACAGCAGAUUCCUCCAGGGAAAACUCAUUAUUUCAGAGACAUGAAAGAUCUGAAAAAGGGAAUCUUUUACUAUUACAACAGAGGGCUAUAAAUGAUGAUCGAGAAAAUAUCCAUUCAUCUACCAGGCAGGAUCCACGCGUUCAUGGGAAAACUCCAUGGCGUAGAAUGCGUAGCAGUUCUACAUCAUCGCACACAACAAAUGCAACUGAAAAAGAUGAGGAACCACGUUCUAUGUAUGAGAAAGGACACAGCCCCUACAGCGACACUGAUAACGACGAUAAUAAUAUGAAAGAGAAUGGGAAAACUAAGAAAGAUAGGGGCUUCCGCUCUUCAUGGUUACAAGAGCUUUCUUUACAGCAACUUUUUGAAGAGGCUGCAGCUAUGCGUAAGCGGCAACAAAUAUUACAACAACGAAUGCGAGAUGUUGGUGGGGAUAGAAAUGUUGACAGCACAGAUGACAUUGAGUCUGAAGAGGGCAAUAUACAACAUCAAAAUAUCGUACGUACUGAUGAUAAUGAUAAUAGUAAUAAUAAUAUUGGUUUUGCAAUUGGAAAUAACACUUCAUCGACACGUGCUGCCAUGGUACAGGAAGGGGGAAGAGGUCCUGCGUCGUUCCUUGUUGCUGGUGAAACUUCUUGGAGUAACUUUAAUGACACCAGUAAUAUAAAAAAAUAUGAGGAAGUUCAUAAUAACAAUAAUAAUAUUAAUGAUAAAAAUAAUAAUCAUAAUGAUAAUGAUGAUGAUGACGAUGACGAUGAUGAUGAUGAUGAUUCAGUAGAUGUAGUUGUGUCAGUGGCGGAAAAUGUGGCAAUUGGAGAUUUUAUGGUCUCUCUUUCGCCUUCCUCUGCAAAUAAAAAUGAACAUUUCAUAGAUUCUCAUAAUAAUAAUAAUAAUAAUAAUAAUAAUAAUAAUAAUAAUAAUAAUAAUAACACCAAUAUUAAUAAUCAUCAUCCGCAGCAGCAGCAUCAGGAACAGAAAAUACAGUCUCCUCAUCCCCAAAUAAAGGAAGUAACGUCCGAAGAAAAAAAAGAAAAAGGUGAUGUCUGCUCUUCAGCGGCUUUCCUUCCUUCCACGAAGGGACACUUUUCUGUAGAUGCACAGAGCAUAUAUGCUGAAAUAUUGCGUCAACAACAACAACAACAACAACAGAAACAACAACAGCAAAGUAAGAGUCCGGCACAAGUUACCAAAGUUGUUGCUAAUGAUGAGGGGGAACCAUCACCAGUUAUUGCGGCGAUAGAAGGAACAGCAGAUAGUGAAGAUGGAAAGAAAUACAUUCACCAGAAGAAUGUAGACGAUAACGUUGAAAAUAACAUAGGUGAUGAAAAUAUAGACCCAACGAGACGUGCUCUUUUUGCCUGA